AUGGAAGACAAUUCUCUUAUUGAACUGUUCGAAGAACUUGCGGGCUCUGAAAACGACGAAAAGAAACUGCACGUCUUGAUGAAAAGAUGUUGCACUGCAUCGAGUAACGAGCUCGAAGAUUUCAUCAAUGAAUUGUCGGAACUUUCGUGCUGCUCUUUCGAAUUAUAUAUACCGAUCUUGAAUGCUUUCCUUUCCCAAUUAUUGGAGUAUUCAAGAGGUUCCACUUUGCUAACGAAAUAUACGACAGUGUUUCAAAAAUUUCCUUCUCUUUUAAUUAAUCAUGUAAUUAUGCAGAACUUUCAUCAAUGUGAUAUUCCAGGUUUUGGAGAAUUAUUUGAUCACUGCCUUGAGCUUCUUUGGUAUCAGAAUAAUAAAAUUACUAUUCAGACGACUAAAGAUAUUUUAGACAAAAUCCUGGAUUCGGACAGUAUCCUAAGAGUUUUGGUAUCAGGGUCUCAUGGUCGUCAUUGUCUUAAACGUGUCAUAUCUGAAUUGAAAAUAAAUAAUAGAAUAACAGAGAAAGGAAAAUUAUUGAAGGCAGUAGAUAUGGUUGCGGCUGUUGUGGAAGAAUGUUCGGAACAUAAGAAUAUUUCACCUUGGCUGUCUGAGGCAUUAUCUGUAUAUAAAGCUUGUAGUGCAUUGUUAGAUAAAUUCAGUCGCCUGAAUGAACGUUUGUGUGACAACGAUGAACAACACUUCACACUGUUGGGAAUGUCAGCGCCCAAAAAGUCAUCGGAUGUACCUCACUAUAUGCACGCGCUUGAACAACAAAAAUUAAAUUCAUUUCAAGCUUUGAUAAAAUUUUCGCCAUGCCUAAGUUGUCAGAAACAAGCUCUCUUCCGUUUUUCCCCUGACAGAUACGUGGGAGAAGAGCCAACAAAUUUUAAUAGAACCGUCUUUCGCCUACCAUUUGAAUUUGACAAAGAUGAUAAACUUGGGCCUUGGAAUAUCCUGAUAAGUGAAGAAGCAAUAAAAGAUAUGGCUCAUUUUGAAAUACCUCAGAACUUGCUGAAGAUUAAAGCUGUCUUGAAAAAACUCGGGAAUAUAUCUUUUGGUGCUUGGGACAAGCUCGAGCUGAAACUUAUAAUUCCAUCUCUUUCAAUCCAUGUAUACGAAACGGAACUUCAUGAUCACAACGGUCUAAAGAUCCUUUGGCAAGUUGAUUAUAGUCCUUUUAUCAAUAACUAUCCGUUUAGGCAACUCGUGAAAGUUUGGGCUAUCACUACCAACCAAGAACGUAUUGACAAGCUACUAGAAUAUCUUGGGAUGCUUCAUCAAGUAUAUACAAUAUGCCGUUGUAACAUUCAACAGAUUGGCCGAGAUGACAUAAUUUUACAAAAAAACUAUGAAGAAAAACUUAAAUCUACUGAGAAAGAGCCUUGCAGUUGUCAAAUAGAUGAUGAGAUACUUUUAGAAAUCCACAAAAUGCUUGUUGCUAGUAAAUUUAUUCCAUUAUCAAAGCGCUUGCUUAAGCCAUUGGUAAUGCAGAGAACCGAUUUCACUUUUCAGGUAUCAGAGGUAGAGUAUGAUAUCAUCAAUAAUCACAACUCAGCUAUCAUAAUUGGUCGAUCAGGUACAGGCAAGACAACAUGCAUAAUGUAUCGAUUAAUCGCCUCCUAUCUUAACAAUUCAUAUUAUACAUACGGCGAGAUGCCAAUCAUACACAAGAGGCAAGUCUUCAUCACAGUGAGCCACCAUCUAUGUCGUCGGAUAAAGGCAUGCUUCAAAAGGCUGCAAAAGUCUGCGGCACUUGCUGAGAGAAAGAUGUCGGAAGUUCAGUUCUAUGAAUACGCUAAAAGAAAAGAGGAAGAUUUUGAUAAUGACUUAGAUGAUAUUAAUAUGAUUGAAGAAGAUGAAGACAAUGAUCUAAAUGAUAUCCCAAACUCCUUCUCUCUUCUGACAAAAGACCAUUUUCCAUUAUUUAUUACUUAUGAAAAGUUUACCAAAAUGAUUGAGGGAACAUAUGGAAUUGAUGCUCAGAA